AUGUGCGAAUCAAAGACUGUUAGAACUAAAACAGAGCAUGAGCAAGUUGAUCCGGAAAAGCAAAGAGAGUGGGUGACACGCUCCACAAUGUCGGAGAUGAUAAGCGAAACAAAAUCGCUGUGGGUACUGGCGUUUCCGACAGCGCUAACGGCACUCAUUUUCUACGGACGUUCGAUGAUGUCGAUGUUGUUCCUGGGACACAUAGGAGACACCGAACUAGCAGCAGGGUCCCUAGCAAUAGCAUUUGCAAACAUAACAGGUUACUCUGUUCUCUCAGGACUAUCGCUAGGAAUGGAACCACUGUGUUCCCAAGCCUUCGGAGCAAACCGUCCAAAGCUUCUAUCUCUAACGCUUCAACGGUGCAUCAUAUUCCUAAUCGCUUCUUCAAUCCCCAUUUCGCUUCUAUGGCUCAACAUGUCAACUAUAUUCAUCUUCCUUAACCAGGACCCUGUCAUCACCCGCAAAGCACAAACCUACCUCGUUUUCCUUCUACCAGACCUCGUUACCAACUCCUUCCUCCACCCAAUCCGCGUUUACCUUCGCGCACAGGCCGUCACCCACCCGGUCACGUUAGCGUCUCUCGCCGGAACCCUUCUUCAUCUUCCUUUAAAUUUGUUUCUCGUUAAACGCGGCGUGGCCGGUGUCGCCGCCGCUUCCGCCGCCUCCAGUUUUUCCAUUCUGGUCUUGUUGGUACUCUAUGUCUGGAUAAGUGGGGUCCACCGCGACACGUGGACGGCGCCGAGCCGAGAGUGUUUCAGCGGCUGGGAGCCGCUGCUUCGGCUGGCUGCGCCGAGCUGUGUUUCCGUUUGCUUGGAGUGGUGGUGGUAUGAGAUCAUGAUCGUGCUUUGUGGGCUCCUUGUGGACCCCACUGCCAGCGUGGCAGCUAUGGGGGUUCUCAUUCAAACGACGUCGUUGAUCUACGUUUUCCCUUCGUCGCUCGGGCUCGCCGUGUCCACGCGCGUGGGGAACGAGCUCGGCGCGAAUCGGCCUUCGCGGGCCAGGAUGUCGGCGGUCGUCGCGGUGUUUUUCGCCGCCGUCACGGGGUUCUCCGCGGUGGUUUUUGCGUCGGCAAUGAGGCGGCGGUGGGGGAGUAUGUUCACUGGAGACGAGGAGAUUCUGCGCCUGACGGCGGCGGCGCUGCCGAUUUUAGGGCUGUGCGAGCUCGGAAACUGCCCGCAGACGGUGGGUUGUGGCGUGGUUAGGGGGACGGCGCGGCCGAACGUGGCGGCGAACGUGAACCUCGGGGCGUUUUAUUUGGUUGGGAUGCCAGUGGCUGUUGGGCUUGCGUUUUGGCUCGAUGUGGGUUUCUGUGGGCUAUGGCUGGGCCUGUUGUCGGCCCAGGUUUGUUGUGCGGGCCUGAUGUUGUACACGAUUGGGACCACUGAUUGGGAGCUCCAAGCCUGCCGGGCCCAGUUACUGACGUCCCUUGAUGAGUCCGGGAUGGGAUCAGACGGCCAGAAACAACCGUUGAUUUCCGUUGUGGAAACUUGA